AUGGUAAAAUUCAAGACAAAGAAAACCGGGGUAUCAUUAACCCAAGCUUUAGACAACAAAAUUGAAAAUUUGAUUUAUAGGAUGCUAGAUGAAAGAUCAUUGGAGAAACAGAGAUUAAAUAAUCAAAAAGUCAAACAAAAUGUAUCACCAAAAGAAAGCGAAGACGAUAUUGAAGAAGAUGAUUUAUUUCCAGAUAUUUAUCUAGCCAAGGAUUUGAUUUUUGGUGAGGUAGUAGGCUAUGUUUUAUCCAAAGAUUUAUCCUUGCAAAGGGUUAAAAAAGUUGUUUUGGAACGUGUAGUCGACAAAAUGUUAAAAAUCAUUAUUGCCAAAGAAGCUGAAGAAAUCGAUAUAAACAAGGAUCAAGAGAAACAAGAACAGGAUAGUGCCGAGGACAACAAUGAGCCUGAAACAAAUUUAACUUCACAAAACUUGAUGAUUGAUGAAGAUACAACCAAUAGUUUUAAUAAAGAUAUCACUCAACAUUGGAAUGUUAAACCCCUAGUAUUAGCCAACGAUGAAUCCAGCGAGAAUAACGCUUCUUCGCCUAAUAAUGUCACUGCUAAUAAUAACAAUAACAGCAACAAAAAAAAACGGAGUAACGGAGGAAUUUUAUUAAAUGAACGCUCAUCUAAAACCAAAAAAAGUAAAAUUGAUAGGGCACCACCCGCAAUUAACUUAUCCAUUUUGGGUGGUAUGGAUGACGUCGUCGCACAAUUAAUGGAAUUAAUCGGCUUACCCAUAUUACACCCGGAAAUUUAUAGCAGUACGGGUGUAGAACCACCGCGUGGUGUUCUAUUACAUGGUCCCCCUGGAUGUGGUAAAACCACUAUUGCCAACGCUUUAGCUGGGGAAUUACAAGUUCCCUUUAUUUCUGUAUCAGCACCCUCAGUGGUAAGUGGUAUGAGUGGGGAAAGUGAGAAGAAACUUAGGGAUUUAUUUGACGAGGCCAAGAGUUUAGCACCUUGUUUAGUUUUCUUGGACGAAAUUGAUGCCAUUACCCCAAAAAGAGAUGGUGGCGCUCAGAGGGAAAUGGAGAGAAGAAUAGUUGCUCAGUUAUUAACCUCACUUGAUGACUUAUCCUUUGAAAAAACUGACGGGAAGCCUGUAAUCGUUAUUGGUGCUACCAAUAGGCCUGAUUCUUUGGAUCCUGCAUUGAGAAGGGCUGGUAGGUUUGAUAGAGAAAUUUGUCUAAACGUUCCAAAUGAAUAUAGUAGAAUACAUAUUUUACAAAAAGUGGUUUCAAGAUUGAAAACUGAUGGAGAAAUAGAUUUUGUCAAACUAGCCAAAUUAACACCGGGGUUUGUAGGAGCAGAUUUGAAAGCCUUGGCUACCGCUGCAGGUAUUUGCGCUAUAAAGAGGAUUUUUAGCACUUUUGGACAAUUAUCUGAUGAUGACUCCAUGGACAUUGACAGUGCUGGAGUUAAUAGUCAGGCUGAUAUGAAAAAUACUCCAAACAUGAUUGAUCCAUUGCCCUUAGAUAUAAUACAGAGAUUCAUUGCGAAUUUUCCCAAACCUUUAACAGAUGAACAAUUAUCCACGGUGUCUAUCAGAUAUGAAGAUUUUUUGAAAGCUUUGCCAAAUAUACAGCCAACUGCAAAAAGAGAAGGUUUUGCCACUGUCCCUGACGUAACUUGGGAUAAUAUUGGUGCCUUGAAAAAAACCCGUAUUGAAUUGAAUAUGGCAAUUGUUCAACCUAUAAAGAGACCAGAGUUAUAUGAAAAAGUGGGCAUUACUGCGCCAGCUGGUGUUUUGUUAUGGGGUCCUCCGGGCUGUGGUAAAACUUUAUUGGCAAAAGCUGUUGCCAACGAGUCUAGAGCUAAUUUUAUAUCUAUUAAGGGCCCUGAACUUUUGAACAAAUAUGUAGGUGAAAGUGAAAGAAGCAUAAGGCAGGUAUUCACAAGAGCUAGGGCUUCCAUUCCGUGUGUUAUAUUUUUUGAUGAACUGGAUGCUUUAGUCCCACGCAGAGACUCUACAAUGAGCGAAUCGACCUCGAGAGUGGUGAAUACUUUAUUAACUGAAUUGGAUGGACUAAGUAGUAGAAGAGGUAUUUUUGUUAUUGGUGCUACUAACAGACCAGAUAUGAUCGACCCUGCCAUGUUAAGACCCGGUAGGUUGGACAAAACAUUGUUUAUUGAAUUACCUAAUUCAGAAGAGAAGUUAGAUAUUCUGAAAACCUUGGUCAGUUGCAAUGGUACUCCACUGGCACCUGAUGUUAUUUUAGAAGAUAUUGUUAAAAAUAAACGCUGUAACAAUUUUUCAGGCGCAGAUCUAGCCGCUUUAAUCAGAGAAAGUUCCAUUUUAGCUUUGAAAAGAAAUUUUUUUAAAAACAAUGAAAUACAAUCUGUUAAGGACAAUAAUUUAGACAAAGAGUUUGAAAAUCUUACUACAGGCGAUAGUGAUAAUGAGGUAAUAUUGGUUACUUUAAAAGAUUUCCAAAAUGCGCUAAACAAGAUAAAGCCAUCAGUUAGCGAUCGGGAUAGAUUAAAAUAUGAUAGGUUGAAUAAGAAGAUGGGCUGGAUUCAAGAACAAGACGAAGAAGAAAAAGAAGAUGACGGUAAUAAUAAUAUUAAAUCUGAAAGUGUUGUGGAUUAA